GUACCGUACAAUUCCUCCAAGUCGCGUUCUUGCAGAGAGUCUCGGAGAGCGAGGACAAGACACAACCCUCCCCUAAAAUAAAGACAAUGGAGAAGGCCGGGGAGUUUCUGGAACUGACCAAAGAAGAAUCGGAUAGCGUGUCGGGACUCACCAUCCAUCCUCACCGACCUGGCUUGGAAUGGAGUUUCUACGAGGAUUUCUCCCUCAGAGGCAUUCAAGUCGACCGGGUGGAACCCGGUUUCGUCGCCUGCACUUUCAAGGUUCCCCCUCGCCUCGCCGAUAGAAAUGGAAAUUUGGCUUCAGGUGCAAUCGCAAACCUUGUCGAUGAAGUUGGUGGUGCCGUAGUCCAUGUCGAGGGUCUCCCAAUGAAUGUUUCAGUGGACAUGUCGAUCUCAUUUGUUUCGACUGCAAAGGUUAAUGAUGAGUUAGAGAUAACCUCAAGGGUUUUAGGGAAAAGAGGAGGUUAUGCUGGAACAAUCGUGCUUAUGAGGAACAAAGCAACUGGGGAUAUUAUUGCUGAAGGCCGGCAUUCAUUGUUUGGUAGACAUGCCAGCAAACUCUGAGUUCUAAAUCCAAUUGACAUCAAUGUUGUGGAGGUUAACUUAUGUGCAUUUUCUAAAUCUCACUUGACAAGUGUUUUCUUCGCGUAGUGGAGUAUUCAAUCUCGUAGUGAAAGGAGUUGGGGAUUCGGACUUCUUUUUCUUUCCGAACAUGUUUAAUUGCUGUAGUGAUUUGCUGGUAAGCUAAGAUAUGAAUACUGGAAAGCUGCAGAGAGGAUAAACAUGAAUUUUGAUUUCGUCUUCUUCUGUUUCGAAAACAGAGUAUGAAUAUGAAACAAUGACAUUAUUUCUUUUA